CCCUCCAAAAAUAUUUUAUUUUCAGAGUGUGGCUAUAGUUGUUUCUCACCAACUGCACCAUUCUAUUUUUUAGCCCAUCUUACGUGAACAAUUUUGACUAAAACAGGAAUCAACUUUUACCUAGAUUAGUAACGUAUAAAGUAGUACACAAAUGAAUGUGCUUUUUGAGCCCUCCUUAUGUUUACACACAUAUGACCACUGUUUUAUGUGAUAUGGGGAUUCGUUUAUUUCGACGCACGCACCAAUUUACGUUAACAAACAACGCAAAUGAUCUUAGGUGCUUCUCGGAUCUGUUAUCGUCUGCAGUCGUUUUGAUCCUCUCGAACACCGGACGUGACACACCCAAGUGAAGAUGAGCUGUCUUGUUUACGUUUUUGUUGGUGCUCUUGUGAUGUACUAGCCUAGACAUUUAUUUUGUAUCAGUGUGGCACGUCAUUUUAAACGAAAUACCUUUCCAUCGUUUCGGUAACAUUUUCCAAUUUAUUUUCAUGCUUCCGUUUUGGUUCACUAAAACCAGACCCGGUGGCAUCCGUCGCUUAGCAACGAAAUGUCAAAACAUUACUAGCUAGUCGAAAAACAUAGGCCACCUAGCUUGCUAGGUACUGACCAUCCACAGACUUAAACAUCAGGAUGGGGAAGAAAGUGAAGAAAGAGACUGAGCCUCUAUCUAAGGAUGUGUUUGACCCUCUGCCGAUUGAGAGUAAGAAAGCAGCCACUGUUGUCCUCCUGCUCAGUUCUCCUGAAGAGGAAGUGUUGGCUAAAGCUUGUGAAGCCAUCCACAAAUUUGCUGAAAAAGGUGAUGAGAACAGAAGUUCUCUGCUGGGGCUUGGGGCGGUGGAGCCUUUGUCUCGCCUUAUCUCCCAUGAGGACAGACAGGUUCGCCGCAACGCCUUCAUGGCCCUCGGGGUCAUGGCUGCCAACAGCGAUGUCAAAAGACUUCUGAAGAAAUUAGAUGUAAUUCCUUCUAUCAUUGGGAAACUGUCACCUGAGGAGGAUGUGCUGGUCCAUGAGUUUGCCACUCUGUGCCUGGCCUCGCUAUCGGUGAACUUCAGCUGUAAGGUCCAGAUCUCGGAGCAGGAAGGACUGGCGCCGCUCCUCCAGCUGCUGUCCAGCCCGGACCCAGACGUCCAGAAGAACUCUUUGGAGUGUAUCUUCCACCUGGUGCAGGACCUCCAAAGCCGCGUGGCCGUUCGCGACCUAAAUGGCGUCCCAGUGCUACUGGAGCUGUUGAGAUCUGAGUUCCCGAUCAUCCAGCAGCUGGCCCUGAGGACCCUGGCGAUGGUAACCAUGGAUCGUGGCGCCCAGGUCACCUUCAAGGAGGAGCAGGGCUUUGACAGGCUGCUGGAGGUCCUCCGCAACAGGGAGUUCUGCGACCUGCACGGAGAAGCUCUCCGGGUGUUCUCCAACUGUCUGGAAGACGGAGACAGUCUCCAGCCGAUCCGCGAGGCCGGAGGUCUCCAGACGCUGUUACGGUUUGUCUCCACUCCCGCCCGGUCGGACGUACAGACGCAGGCCGCCCGGCUUGUCUGCAGAGUGGCUCAGAGCUCGGAGAACUGUCGCAGGCUGCUCCACGAGCAGGACAUAGAGAAGUCUCUGCUCGACCUGCUGUCGGUGGAGGGCGACGGCGUGGGGGUGGCCGCCUGUCUGGCAAUCGCCGCCGUGGGCCUAAACCUGGCCAGCAAGGACGCUUUCAGAAAUCUGGGUGGGAUGAGCACGGGCCCAACGCGCGCACACACGCACGCAUGCACGCCAAAACACACGGACCUGACCCUGCCGUCAUAUGUUCCAGGUGGCGUCCGUGUCCUGGUGCAGCUACUGGACAGUGAGGGAGGAGAGGUGAGGCCGGCUGCAGCCCAGGCCUUGUUCACCCUGACACAAGGCAGUCAGCUCAACGCAGACGCCGUCUGUGAGGCUGAGGGAGUCGAGAGCUUGGUUCGUCAGCUCUGUGAUCUCUUCCCUGGUGCCGCGGCUCACGCCGCUGCUGUUCUCACCAACAUGGCUGAACAGGAAGUCCUGCGUGGCUGCAUCCUGUCCCACGGGGCCAUGGCCGCCCUCCUGGAGCCGCUGCGGUCUGCAGACGUGCACACACUGGUCCGUGCCACGCAGCUCGUCUCCGUUCUGGCGUGCGACGCUGUGGGACGAGCGGAUCUGAGGAACGCUGGAGGCCUUGCUCCAUUGGUCAAACUGCUACGGUCCAAUCACAAGGAUGUACGCCGCAAUGCAUGCUGGGCCAUCAGUGUGUGUGCCAAUGAUGAGCUUAAUGCCAUAGAGAUGUGCAAUCUGGGGGCCCUGGACUUGUUGCAGGAGAUCAACUGCUCAGUUAAUCGCAGGAGUACGUUCAGUGAGACAGCACAUCAGAGGCUUCUGAACUCCAACCUGUCGCUCAAAUACAGUCUGACCAACACCCUGGCCUUCAACGACAUCACCGCGGACGGCUUCUACGACCCAGGACAGGCUCGUGCUGGCCAGAGGGUGUUGACUCUAGAGGAUUUGUCCAAACAGCCGGUUCACCAGCGACGGCCAGUUAUCGCUAUCAACGCCAAACCCCACGACACGGUGUCAGUGGACCAGUCAGAGGAGAGACAGCAGGACAGUCCUGCCGAGACUCACAUCACGUCUGUACUCAGCAGCAAGGGAGCCAGCAGAACCCCAAGGUGUGUGUGUGUGUGUGUGAGAUUAAGUAGUUUAAGUAUCAACAGGACAUCCUCUCUCUCACUCUCAUCCUGCAGCAGAGGGAAGAGCAAAGGUUGGAAUGAAGACGAAAAACGGAUGGAGGAAGACGAGGGUAAGCCUCGGCUGGAUGUAACCCUGGCAACGGGGAGGCCAUGGCUUCCGUACGAUGCAGCGUUCCACGCCCUGGUCAACGAGGCCACCAAAAACAUCCUCCCACUGCUCGAAGAGCGUGAGCAGUACAGCGCCUUGGCCAGGCUGGUGAGCGAGGCGAUGGGCGGGCCGGUGGCGGAGGACAGGCAACACGACUUCCCGUGGGAGCUCCACCUCGGCGAGCUACGCCAGGAACUUCAGUCCAACGUGGUCCCCAUUGGGCGGAUACACAAGGGAACGUACUACCACAGGGCGCUGCUCUACAAGGUGUUGGCUGACCGGAUAGGUGUGAGCUGUAGUCUGGUGAGGGGGGAGUACGACCGGGCCUGGAAUGAGGUCCUUGUGUGUGUUGGGAUGCCCCAGUUCCCAACGUGCCAGCCCCAGCCCAGAACCCACCUGGUGGACCUCAUACAUCAGCCUGGCAGGCUCCUCAGAGCCAAUACACCGCAGGCCAUACGAUACCAGACUAUAUAACCACACUGUGACAUAAAAUGUCAGAUUAUGUAACCACACUGUGAGAUACAAUAUCAGACUAUAUAAUCACACUGAGAUACAAUAUCAGAUUAUAUAACCACACUGUGACAUACAAUAUCAGACUAUAUAACCACACUGUGAGAUACAAUAUCAGACUAUAUAAUCACACUGAGAUACAAUAUCAGAUUAUAUAACCACACUGUGACAUAAAAUGUCAGAUUAUGUAACCACACUGUGAGAUACAAUAUCAGACUAUAUAAUCACACUGAGAUACAAUAUCAGAUUAUAUAACCACACUGUGACAUACAAUAUCAGACUAUAUAACCACACUGUGACAUACAAUAUCAGACUAUAUAACCACACUGUGACAUACAAUAUCAGACUAUAUAACCACACUGUGACAUACAAUAUCAGACUAUAUAACCACACUGUGACAUACAAUA